AUGACGCGCACGGAGCAGUCGGCCCCGAGCACGGCGCCGCCAAGCGCACGGGAAACGGCCCAACAGCUGCCGCGAACGGCGACGCGACGCCGUGUGCGGCAGCAGGGGGCCGCUAAACGGAGGGCGCGGCCGGCGGCUGGCCGCAAGAGCGCAGCGCAGCGGCGGGGUACAGCGCGCCGGCGCCGCCAUUGCACUGAGUGUCCUCGCGCGCACGCCGGCCCCGCAGCCGGUGCGCGCCGCAGCGCGGCGCACAGCGCCCCGCGCCCAGACGCCGCGCGCGCACGGCGCCAGCGCGCAAGCACCCAGCGCGCAGCAACCGCCGCCGUGCGCCCAGGCCCUGAGGUGAGGCGGCACGAAGCGCGCGGGGCGCGUGGACCCAGCAGGCCGAGGCGCAGCAGGCGGCCAGGCGGCCUAGGCGGAGGCGGCAUCGCGGAGGGUGCCGCCUCGCCCGGCGGAAGGGCCGGCGCCGGGGCCCUCGGCCCGGCGCCCGCCGCCCGCCGUGCAAAAAUCGCGCGCAGCAGACCACCCCGCACGUGCGCGUCUCGCCGUCGCCCUACGCCCUCGCCCUCCCCGCCGCCCUUGCGGCCCUCGCCCGUCGCCGUCGCCGCCCCACAAGGAGGCGCCAUGCUGAUGCCCGGCGGCGGGGCUGGCGCGGGCGCCGACGCCGCCACCGCCGCCGUGCUGGGCGGCGCGGCCGACGGCCUCGUGUCGGGCUGGCGGCGUGGGCGUGGGCGGGCUGGGGGCUGGCGGGCCGCCGGCCGCCGCCGCCUCCGCCGCCGCCGCCGCCGCCGCGGGCGUCCAGCAGAAGGACACCACGUGGACCAAGCUGUUCGUCGGCGGCCUGCCCUACCACACCACCGACAAGUCCCUGCGCGAGCACUUCGCCAUCUACGGGGAGAUCGAGGAGGCCGUCGUCAUCACGGACCGCCAGACCGGCAAGAGCAGGGGAUACGGCUUCGUGAUCAUGGGCGACCGGCCGGCGGCGGAGCGCGCCUGCAAGGACCCCAACCCCAUCAUCGACGGGCGCAAGGCCAACGUCAACCUGGCCAUCCUGGGCGCCAAGCCGCGCGGAAACGUCCAGCCAGGUUUCCCGUUUCCGGGUAUCCGUGCUGGUUAUCCUGCCAUUCUGCCCAAUCAGUAUGGCGUGCCGCCCGGCUACGUGUACCCGUCGCCCUACCUGACGGCGGCGCCCGGGAGCAUCGUGCCGCUGCCGCCUGCGCCGCUGUCGCACGCAGCGUCCGUGGCGGCGGCCGCGCAGUUCUACGAGUACCAGAACGCGGCGGCGGC